AUGACGACCAAUACCUCGCCCGGCAUCACGACUCGCUUCCUCGUAUUUUCAGAUACACACGGCCUCGACAGUCUACCUGACUCUGUGUCAAGUGAAUAUGCAGAUGUGGCCAUCCACUGCGGCGACCUCACCACAGAGUCGAAGCUCGAUGAGUACAAAGCUUCCAUUCGAUUCCUGCAGGCUGUCAAUGCCCCUCUCAAACGCAGCCCCGAACUGGUUGAUCAAGUAUAUGGCCGUUACGGGGAAGUGAGGCGCAUCCUUAAUGAAGCCACAGGCAUAACUGUUCUCGAUGAAGGCACGUACUCUUUCCGUUUACAAAAUGGUGCGUCCUUGACCGUUUACGCCAGUCCGUACACUCCGUCUUUCGGCGACUGGGGUUUCCAAUAUCGUCCAGAUCAUGGCUUUGAUAUUCAGAACGUCGAUCUCGUCAUAACGCAUGGUCCACCGAAGGGCAUAAUGGAUUAUACUUACUCUGGCGAGCGAGCGGGUUGCCCAUAUCUGUUCGAAGCGAUCGCACGGGCUCGGCCUCGAAUGCAUUGUUUUGGUCAUAUUCAUCACGGAUGGGGUGCAAAACUUGUUACUUGGCGCCGGAAUGUUAGCCAGAAGCCUUCUCACUUGACGGAUAUUGAUAAUGGGUCUUCUGUGCUCAUUGACAAACUGGCUACUUUGACUCCGAAGGGCUUAUCUACGACGAGUCAUUGUUCUGGGGACCCAGAUCCGCUUAUUUAUGGUUCUCAUACGCUUUUUGUCAAUGCAGCAAUUGAAGGCACAGCAGAUCUGCCGGUACAACCGCUAUGGCUCGUCGAUCUUGAGCUUCAACCUGCAUUAACUUGA